GGCAAGAGGAAGUUGCAUAAGGUCAUCUCUUCACCAAGAGGUAUAAAUUCAAGCAUUUCUUUCUCUGUCGCCAUGAGUUUCAUCUUUCUCUCAAGACGGGAUCAUCUACAACCAUGCUGCUCUUCAGACUCACCACUGCACUGUCACUUGCAGCUGCUUGCUUGGCCUUGUAUCCAGAUGAUUUCACAGAGAGAGUCAUAACAUGUGAUGACCUCCACAACGUCCAUAGUCUGAAAUGUGAUAGUGGAGUCAUCAGUGUGAUCUCAGCACUGUAUGGCCGUCAAGAUGGUGUGACCUGCAGUGAGCACAGGCCUCCACAACAGCUCACCAAUACUGACUGCUCCCAAGCCGGCACUGUAGAUGUCAUCAAGAACAGGUGUGAUGGCAAGCAAGUGUGUGAGAUCAACACAAAUGUUGUUCGUACUUCCGAUCCCUGCCCCGGCAUCUACAAGUAUCUUGAGACCAAAUACAUCUGCCUCCCAGCGAUUCGCCGUUUUGUGUGCGAGCGCUCUCUUGCACUGUUGACUUGUGAGGAAGGCCAGGUUAUCUCCGUCUACGGUGCCGAUUAUGGACGCCGCAACAAGGCCACCUGCUCUUUUGGCCGACCUGCCUCCCAGAUUCAAAACGUCCACUGCUCCAGCCCCACUACAAAAGUUGCUAAAAGGUGUAACGGGAAAAACAGCUGCUCCAUCAGAACUGGCAACUCAGAAUUUGGGGAUCCUUGUCCUGGCACUUACAAGUACCUCGAGGUGGCUUACGUUUGUGAAUAUCCUGCAUUUGCUCCGGAGGCGUCUUUUCACGAAGAAUCAUGAAAUUAUCACAAACAUACAUAGCAUGACACAAAUGAUGUUGUCUAUUGACUUAUGAAACGUUAAAUGUGAAGAAUCUUGUUACAUGUGAAAAGAAUUCUUAACAUAUUAGCAUUGAAUAAUUAGACAAUUUUUGUAAUAACUGUCUGGUUUUUCAUAAUGAUAGAAAUGUUGAUUAUUAAAGUUUCAUUUCCAGUAUAAAUUCAUAUAACUCCAUAAAUAAAAUUUAUGGAAAAUGUAUUUUGUUCAAGCCUUUUACUUUAAACAGACACUUCAGCUUGUCAUUAGCAGGACAGAAAGUAAAGCAGAUUAUAUUUCAAAAUAAUUUGGACUGUUGACCAACAAAAAAAGCUAAAUAGAUCAAAGUAUUGAUUAGACGACUUCUGGUGUAGCAACUAAUGGAGGAGGACGCGUUCUUUGAGCUGCUGCAACAACUUAAUAAAAUCUUUUUUAGGUACA